AUAAAAAGGUAUUAGAUUGCUGUCAUUUCCCAUCAGUCUACAACUAACCUUAUAGAACAGUACAUCAUCCAUCCCCAAUCAUGAAGUCGAGUUGUCCCACCAUCUUUUGGACCAUGUUAAUCCUGGUCAUCCUAAUCUUGGGCGAUCGAGUCCAUCCAAUUGAGGCCAGAAGAUUUAGAGGCUCCAGAGGCAGACGGACCCUGUUUCUGCCCAUCACUUCUCCAACUACAGAGGAUACUUGUGCAACAGAUUAUGGGGAUCGAGACAAUAACGGACUUGUUGAGCUGAACCGACGCUUCACGCAAGACUUCCUCGAG